AUGUCUAAGUCUCCAAGAUACCCCAGCGAUAAUGUUGAUGUGUCGCCCCUCGGGCAGCCGAUGCAGUUCGAAUUCAGUGGGCGUCAAAGCUCGAAUCGCUUUUUGAAAGCUGCUUUGAGUGAAAGAAUGGCCUCAUGGUCUCCGACUGAUCUUUCUGCCCGUGGAAUUCCCAGCCAAAAGCUCAUCAACCUUUACCGUCGGUGGGGAGAAGGCCAAUUUGGCCUAAUUCUCACAGCAAACAUCAUGAUGGCAUAUGACCAGCUCGAGGCACCCGGAAAUAUGAUCAUUGACCUGGAGAACCCAUUCAGUGGUGAGAGGUUCGAAGCAUUCAAGCAGCUGGCCGCUGGAGCCAAGAAGCACGGAAGCUUAAUUGUGGGUCAGGUCAGCCAUCCAGGUCGUCAGACAUUUGAGCAGUUGCAGCCAAACCCUGUUUCUGCCAGUGAUGUCCAGCUAGUGAUGGAGAAGUUCGGUUCGUUUGGAAAGCCACACGCAGCAAGCGACGAAGAGAUCCAGGAAAUCAUUCGUCGUUUUGUCCACGUCGCUGUCUAUCUGCAGAAGGCUGGCUAUGAUGGUAUCCAAUUGCACUCGGCACACGGUUAUCUCUUGGCUCAAUUCUUGUCCCAAACAACAAACAAGAGGACAGACAAGUACGGCGGAAGCUUAGCCAACCGCGCUCGGAUCAUUGUGGAAAUCGCUGAGGCAAUUCGUCAAGCACUUCCGGAGCCUGGUUUCAUUAUUGGAAUCAAGAUCAAUUCCGUUGAAUUCCAGGAACACGGAUUCACUCCAGAGGAGUCAAAAGAACUAUGCGAGAUUCUCGACCGUACCAAGUUCGACUUUGUUGAGUUGUCUGGUGGAACUUACCAGUCCGGAGCCUUCCAGCACAAGCGGGAGUCUUCCCAAAAGCGCGAAGCUUUCUUCUUGGAAUUUGCGGACCUCAUCGCCCCCGCUCUUAAGCGCACCCGCAGUUACGUGACUGGAGGCUUCUGCACAGCAUCAGGAAUGGUGCGCGCUCUGGAUACCGUUGACGGCGUCGGUCUUGGUCGCUCUAUCACUCAGGAACCCCGCUUGCCUAGGGACUUGCUCGCUGGAACUGUUCAAGGUGCGAUUCAACAGAAGAUUGACCCACAAGACUUUUUCAAGACCAGCCCCGCCGCUGGUGUGCAGAUGAUGCAGAUCGCCCAAGACGAGGAGCCUAUUGACCUGAGCGAUGACAAGAACAUGGAGAUUUUCAUGAAGAGCAUUGGAGAAUGGAUGCAGGAGAGGCAGAAAGACGGGUCUGCAAUGAAUUUAUACGAGUAUGCACAGCUGCCAAAGGGCCUGCCGUUCCAAAGUCAUAUCUGA